UUCUGGCUGGUAAGGAGAGGAGAGGAGAGGAGAGAGAGAGAGAGAGAGAGUGAGAGAUGGCUUCACCAUUGAAAACCCAUGUAGUAAUCUUCCCUUUCAUGGCACAAGGUCACACCCUUCCACUCCUAGACCUCUCAAAAGCUCUCUCACAGAGAGAUAUCAAAGUAACAAUCAUCACCACCGCAUCAAACGCCAUUUCAAUUGCCCAAUCCACAGCAGAUCACCCCCUCAUCGGCAUCGCCGAGAUCCCAUUUCCGGCCAUCCAUGGCCUCCCAAAAGGCUGCGAGAACACCACACAACUUCCCUCCAUGGAAUUUUUCUUGCCUUUUCUCCAAGCAACCAAACAGCUUCAAAAACCCUUUGAACAAGUGCUUGAAAACAUGUCACAGUCCAAUGAUCUUCCUAUUUGUGUUGUAUCAGAUUUCUUUCUGGGUUGGACUUUGCAGUCAUGUCAAGCCUUUGGGGUGCCUAGGCUUGUUUUCCAUGGAAUGGGUGUUUUGUCAAUGGCUCUUGUGAAAAGUGCUUGGGUCCAUGCUCCAAAUUUGGAAAACAUUUCAAGCUCUGAUCCUCUGUACCUGCCAGGUAUAGAUAUUCCAUUUGUUUUAACCGCUGCAGACUUGCCCGAGCGAGUGAACUCACCGCACGAUGACCCAUUUUGUCAGUUUAUCGGUGAGGUGGCUGAGGCAGAGAUGAAUAGCUGGGGUGUGAUUGUCAAUAGCUUCUUAGAAUUAGAAGGAAACCAUGUCUCAUCCCUCGAAUCAUUCUACAAAAACAAUGCCAAAGCAUGGUGUAUAGGCCCUCUGUCCCUCUACGGCGACAACACCGAGCCAUUCCAAAUCUCACUCAAUCACGAAAUGAUCAUGAAGUGGCUUUCGAUGCAUACCAUGCCUGCUUCAGUCAUCUAUGUCUCAUUCGGCACCCAAGCUGACAUCUCCGAUGCCCAACUUGACGAAAUAGCAUAUGGUUUGGAGGAGUCAGGGCAUCCAUUUUUGUGGGCAGUGAGGUCUCCAACUUGGUCUGUGCCUGUUGGGAUGGAAGAGAGAGUGAAAGGUAGGGGCUUAAUCACAAAGAAGUGGGUCGAACAGAGAAGCAUAUUAGGACACCGUGCAACGGGCGGGUUUUUGAGCCACUGCGGCUGGAAUUCAGUGCUGGAGAGUUUGUCUGCUGGUGUGCCGAUUAUGGCAUGGCCUAUGAUGCCAAUUUCAGAGCAGGGUUUGAAUGCUAGGUUUAUCGUGGAUGGGCUCGAGGCCGGGAUUGGUAUAGAGAAGAUGCAAAAUUUGGAGAGUAAGGCCGCUGGUGAUGAUAUAGUUUCGCGGCACGCGAUCUGCAAGGGAGUGAAGGAGUUGAGGAAGCAAAGGGAAGGUGCUAGGGAAAGAGCACAGGGUUUGGAGAAGUGGCUAUGAAGGCAGUACAAGAAGAUGGUUCAUCUUAUCAUGUUUUAGGGAAGCUUAUUGACCAACUAUGUGCAUGUCGACUCAAGUAGUUGUAUUAUUGUUACCCCCAAUCUCCUCUUCUAAGCUUUAUGAGAAAGAAUAAUUUCAUGGAUAUAGAAACCGAUCAAAGAAUAUAUUUAGACCGAUAAAAUUUUAUAGAAGAUAAAUUGAUAUAAGAUCUAUCUAUUCAUGUGUAUUAAUUAUUCAAUUUUAUGAUUGAUUUUUGUAUUUGUGACAAAACUAUUACAAAAAUGUUAUGUAUUACUUGUGUUGU